AGGUGGGGCUUCACCAUGUUGGCCAGGCUGGUCUCGAAUUCCUGACCUCGGGUGAUCCACCCCUCUCAGCCUCCCAAAGUACUAGGAUUACAGGCAUGAGCCACCGCGCCCGGCUGUACCAGGGUUUUCUAUUGAGUUUCUUGCCAAGUGUGACUUCCAAUAGCAACCCCCCUGCACUUUUCUCAGGACUGGAAAGCUCAGGCAGCCCAGGGUGAAUAAAAGCCUGAGUAGUGCAGUCAGCACAGAGGGGUUGGGUGGCCACAAGGUGGGCAGCAGCAGAGAUGGGCAUUGUGAGGCCUUGGGUGGGGCUGUGGGGCUGGACAUUGUGAGUCACUGGCCUGGCCUGGCUGUUUCCUGGUAACCAGGUGACAUAGGAAGCUUUGUGGGUUAUAGGCAUCAGCCAGGGCCAGCAGCCCUCAGUCGGUAGCUAGGAGGAGGAGGAGGAGGAGCUCCGACUGUGCUGUGUCCCAGCAGUUUGUGCUUCUCGGCGCUUGUCGUGUUCAUUUCUUUGUGUCUUCAGAGAAGACAGCAGGUGGCGGCAGAGUAAGAGCUGAGGCCCCAGAUCUGCCUGGGGUCAGGCUGCUUCUACAAGUGCUGUGCCAGCCUCAGUAGCGUGGCUGCUGGGACAGCACCGUUUCAGUUUCAUCGAAGGCCCAGGCUGGACUGGACAGGCGUGUGGGUCACCCAUGGGGUGUAUACUGACCUGUUGUAUCAACUCCACCUGUGGCUGGUGCGUGGGGGAGGAGGAACCCUGUUGUGAAUCUGAUAGUUAUGAGGCUGUGGCUGCUGCAACAUCAGAAUCCACUACUGUACAGCCUGGCAAGCUGGAUGUGGGAGCCACGGAGGGCCACGACCUGCAGCACAUCAACAACAAAAAGAUGCCCACAGGUACCCCAGAGGACAGCCUGAAUUUAAAAUCUCUAACACCAAGUGAGGAACACAAUGAUGAUGUCCAGAUUUUACCAUCACUUGUCCAGGGUACGUACCUUGAACUAACUCACUUUCUGAGAAACAACCUUGCUGGCUUUAAUAUAUAGAAACCUUAAUCUGGGUUCCUGUUAAAAAUAUUGGGGGUGUGGUGAGAGGAAAUGAUUUUGCAAGUGUAUAACUAUGAGCAGAGGGGCUGUAGAAAUGUGUGUGAACCCAGAGGACCAACCAGGAGAUUGUGUGUGAGCCAGUGUGUCUUCACCUGGAGUAGGAGAAGUGAGUGCACUUCUCACUGACUUAUCCUGAUGUUGGUGGGUCUAAAGAGUGGAUUCUGGAGAAUCUCAGCACUGAAGAGGAUACCUUUCCAGGUAGGCAACAAGACUUCAGAUGGGAUUUAAUAA